CUUGUCCCGUUUUUAAGACGGAUUUGAGAUUGUGAUCUACCUUUUUCCCCCUUCUUUUGUGGAUCCAAUUGAUUCAUGGGUAUCUCAGCUUAUCUUAAGUCCUACACGGGAUUUUAGAUGAUCUAUGUUUGUAAUUAAUUUCUGGCUAUAGUCGGAUCGUGAUGGUGAAGGCAUAUGCACAAGAGCACAUUUACAAGCAUCCAUGGGAGAGAGUAACGUCUGCUUCUUGGCGUAAGUUUGCUGAUCCUGAGAACAAGCACACCUUGUCUCAUAUCCUUGAAGUCGACACCUUGAAUCACAAACUCGAUCCUCUCUCUGGUAAGCUCUACAGUACUCGGGCUCUUACCAUACAUGCUCCGGGGCCAUUGUUUGUUCGCAAAAUCAUCGGCCAGGAUAUCUGCCACUGUGUAGAAUCAACAGUUGUUGAUGCCCAAUCUAAGUCGAUGCAACUCACAACACGUAAUGUCAGUCUUCAGAAGUUUAUAGAGGUAGAGGAGAAGAUACGGUAUGAUCCUCACCCAGAAAAUCCAACAGGAUGGACUGUUUGCCGACAGGAGACUAGUAUUUGUAUUAAGCCAUUAUCGGCUCUUGCGUCCAUGGCUGAAAAAGUGGAGCAGCGAUGUGCCGAGAGGUUUAUGCAAAAUAGUGUCAAGGGUCGAGAGGUAAUGGAGAGGAUCUGUAAGUAUCUUGAAGCUGAAUCUAGAGGGAUGGCUCUAUGAGUCUCACUUUCACUUUCUGCACUUGAAGCCUCAGCUGCUUCUCUCAUACAGUAGGAAAUAACAG